AUGAAGUUAAUAGACAACCAAGCAAUUACUGCCACAUUUGAAUAUCUUUCUUUUAUUAUAUAUAACCAAGAAAAUAAAUUUAAAUUUGUUACUCCUGCUAUUACAAGAUCUAUUUUUAUAUUAGCCUCUGAAGAAUUAGAUCAAUCUUUUCCUUAUUCUUCUUUAUUAUCACUUUACAAUGAAGAUACAACUCAAAUCAAAUUUUCUCCAAACUUAAUUUAUCUUUUUCUCCUUUAA